GACCAAACAGCCGUUUCUUGGCAUCAUACUCGGUCUUCAUUUAAUAAUUGUUCAUAAGCCAGUACAGUAGCAGUAUAAAUACACUGGCUUUGGAAUUGCUCUCUCUGCACACAAUUAAAGCCCAAAUAGCUAUAUUGAGACAAAUAAAAAUGGCAGAUUUAAGAAUGGUGGCACUGAGUCUUCUUACACUAACAUUAACAAGCACUUUCAUCACCCUCUCGCUCGCUCAUGAACCCAGCCCUCUUCAAGAUUUCUGCGUCGCCGACUUCCAUAAUCCAGUGAGAGUGAACGGGUUUGCCUGUCUGCACCCUGAUCGAGUAACGCCAGAUCACUUCCACUUGAGGGGACUGAAUGUGGUCGGAAACACCUCGAACCCCCUCGGCUCCUUCGUGAACCGCCCCACCGUCCUGGAAAUUCCGGGCCUCAACACCCUGGGGAUCUCCACCGUCCGAGUCGACUACGCCCCAAAAGGCCUGGUCCCCCCCCACCGCCAUCCCCGUGCUUCUGAAAUUCUGACAGUGCUCAAGGGGACUGUCCUGGCGGGGUUCGUGACGUCAGACCCCGAAAACAGGCUGGUUUCCAAGGUACUCCAGAAGGGGGACGUGUUCGUCUUCCCCUUCGGGCUUAUUCAUUUCCAGCAGAACAUAGGACAUGGGAAUGCCGUCACCGUUGCAUUCUUGAGCAGCCAGAAUCCAGGGGUGAUCGCCAUUGCCAAUGCAGUGUUUGGUUCCAAUCCGCCGAUAAACGCGGAGGUACUGAAGAAGGCUUUCCAGGCUGAUGAGUCGAUCGUCCACAAGCUGCAAGCACAGUUCCAGUAGCUCUUUCCGAUUUUAGAUGCAUGAAUUCGUUCAUUAAUUCCUUUAAUUACAUUACAUCCAUCGUGCGCUUGACUUGUAAUAAAUUAACAAAUCUGCAAGCAUUGAUUCUACGAGGGAUUCACUCUUGAUUCAAUGAAAGCUUUGAGCUUAUCCAUUAGAGUUACUUUUCUGGUCUGUACCCAAUCAGAGUUACUUUUCUUGCGGCAGGACGAAUCCUGAUCCCAAAGCAUCAGGUGCAAAUACACCCAAA